AUGCAAAGAUCGAAACAUAAGCCAAAGUCGUCGCGCCCUUGGAGCGAACCCAAGUGGCACGACCAAUAUCAACAGUGGUAUUUAGAACGAAAAGAUCGACAUGGCACUAUCCAGUAUAAUUGGAUCGGGCCAACCCUUCCCAAUGCUCCUGACCAAAGCAUCCCGCGGUCCGAACAUGCCAUUGAUAACUUAGCGGAGGGAGUUCAAAACCUCAGCGUCGAUCAGGGUGCUUAUGAAACGACUCCAUCCUUUGAGUAUGCGAGCCACCAUACCACCACUGUCGAUCAUGAUAGCUACACGCUUGAUGCACGUAUGCCUCAAGAACCCAAUUACAUGGGUCACGUGCAGGCUCAGCAACAUAAUAACAAAGGGAAAGGAAAGGCCGUUAUAGUCGAGCAGCGUGAGGAGUAUAAUAACUCUUCGGUUAGUGGCAACCCGCCUCGGACUGAGAACGAGUUGCCACGGGUAGUCCAUGGUUAUAGCCAAGAACCGCACCCACAAUAUCCUACUUCUGGCUACACGAAUGUUGAGCCAACUACUGCCGCUCUACCCAUUAACGGUACAGAACCGCAAGUGAAAAGUUAUGAAUCUGAAAAUAACCUUCCCCUUAACGAUGCCGAAUACCAAGAAGCCCUUCGUAGAAGCCAUAACGAAUAUUACGGGACUCACACAAACGGCGAGCCAUCGUACUCGUCAUCUUUAGCUGACACGGCUACUUCAUCUUGGACUACAUCUAUUGAUCCUAAUGCAUACGAGCUAAAUCCACCGUUGAUAAAUGGAGAAGACGUGCCAACGCCUCGAGGAGGCUCACCAGCUCCAUUACCAGCAGUUGUCUCAUCAGCAUCCUAUCCCAACUAUAUCCAAGGAACUCCUGGAGAGGAGGAAGAAUUGGACAGCCGCUACAGAGUAGAACACUCGUCAAGAUUCCAGCCAGGCGAGGUGUUCAAGAUCCUUUGGUCAGAGCCUCUCGGCCAAGUCGGUGGCGAUGACCCAAUUUCCGAUUUAACCAAAAGGAGAACUCCGGGUGGUGGUAAUUUCUAUAUCGGCUUCCGUAGGUUCAUCAUUGUCACUACAGACGAAAGCCACCACAGUACUUGCGUUCCCAUUUUGACGUACGAUCGAAAAGGGUGCCUAAAGAAAGGUGUGAAGCCUAACAAGCAUGGCAUAAUUUAUAUAGCAGGCCACAAGCCGAAGCCUCUCAAGAAUGAACCAGAGCUUGGAUUCGCCCCCGUGGGUCUUCACGUCUACGCAGAGGGCGAGAAACUAGCCAGAGAAUCUCGAGUCAAUUAUUCUAAAUUAGUGACUAUCGAGCACAACUUUAAGGUGUUCUUCAUCGGCUCGAUUACCGGUGAAGACUUCGAACAUGUUCGUUACGCGGUCAAUGAAUGCUGGGACAAAAAGAUGCACCGUUCUAGGAGGUCGAGGAGAUAG